UCCUCAACUAAGUACUUACUACCUACACUUGUCUUUUCCCCCUUUUCAGUUUUCAUCAUUCACAUUCACACACACUCUUCACACACACUGUUCACACAGUCGAUAUUUUUGCUGUGUGUGAACGAAUUCAAGCUACCUGCAAUGGAAGAAGUUGUUCGUGUUUGAUGAUUUGAGCUCGUUCGGUAUGGAUAAUCAAUGGCAGAUGAGCACAUGUGGUGGUGCCACGUGGCACUCAUCGUCUCCGGUUACUCAAGUUCAGUCACAGGAAGUUUCUAGGGCUUCGGUUUUGGUAAAGCUAAUAUGUGUAGUGUACUACAUGCACUGAUUUUGUGUAAUUUGUUGACUGUGUUUGCAAAUGUGGUGGUGCCACGUGGCACUCAUCGUCUCCGGUUACUCGAGUUCAGUCACAGGAAGUUUCUAGGGCUUCGAUGACCAAUUCAAGUCGUUACACUUAUCCACAUAUUGUGCAAGAACCAUCUUCAUCAACCCGGAAACUGAUGGCUGACCCCUUGUUUCAAACUACAAAUUUCAAUUUAUACAACUCAAGCCUAUCUGUAAUGGGAACUCCAUUUUUCACCCUGCUUUCCGGACCACCAGCUUUCUCACAAUAUGAUUCCCAACAAGUAUUGACCUCAAAGCCAUCCAAUCCAUCCAGUAAUGUUCGUGUCUACAAUAGUAGCUCUAUUGUGGGUACCACAGGACAUGAAUCUUCAUUCGGUCCCCCCAAGCCCUCAUCAGAAAACAUUGAUAACCGCUACUUGAAGUCCAAAAUAAAUAGCCGUCCACUUGUUCCAAUCAGGUCUUUAGAAAGCGAUGAAACAAAUGCUGCAUCUUCUUUACAUGAACAAUCAAACGGCUUUACUUCUCUGAAAAACGUGCCAGCUCAGCAUGGGAAGCUUCACAGCGCAUCUGUUCAUCAUCAGUUAUCUCUACCCACAAGUGGUUUGCCACGCGUGUUUUGUCUGUAUGCAAGCGGUGAUCUGUUUCUCAGCAACAGUGGACUCCUUGGGGUUGUUUGCUCAUGUCAUGGUAUUCACAUGUCAAUCUCUAAGUUUUCAGAGCAUUCAGGUCUGCCGGAUGUUAACCCCGGAGAUGCGGUCCAUAUGGAUAGUGGUGAGACCAUAGCUCAGUGGCGAAAAGUCUACUUAUCUAAGUUUGGGAUUAGGAUACCUGAAGAUCAAUGUGGAUGGAACUGGCCUGAAGGAUACUCCACAGCAGCUGACGUGGCAAAAAGUAACGAGAGGGUAUCCAAUGAGACGAAACUUGCUGAUCUGUCCAAUUAUGUUGGUCCUUCUAGACCACAUCCAUUGAUAUCUCCAGGUUGUUCAAAUCAGAAUUAUGUUCACGCCCUUGAUAAAUGUAAAUUACCAAAUGGCUUUACUGAAACAUCUCGGAGCAAUGCACAUGGUGGGCCAGCUAACAAGACUACCGAGCGGCAUGUGUCUCGUUUAUCAGUUUCAAAGUUGACUGGUGACAUGGAUAAUGUUUUUAAAUCUGUUCCAACAUACUCUGAUAAAACAAACAAUUACAGGGAUGAUGAUAAAAUGGAAAAAACUAAGGUUUCCUCCAAUAUUGAACUGAGACUAGGACAACCAUCUCAGCAGAAUCAAACAUUGGGGAUAUCGGAAGUACCGUGUUUCAAUACUACAAUAAGCAGAGUUGGCCAUCCAUUGGAGUUGGUUUCCUCACAGCGGCGGAUUUAUAAUGAUGUAGCAGGCAGUAAUAGAAUUACAAAGGAAAGCAAGCAAGUUGUUAACUGUGCUGUUCAAGUAGCUAAAUCCGGUUCAAUGGAAGGACAAAACCGGUUAGGGGUUUCUAGUCUCGGGUUUGGAGCCUAUAGCACAAGAACCGCUUUUCAACCUGAGCAACUGAAAGGUGACGUAGUUGCAGAUUCAGUUAAUUCCAUGCUAUUUUCACACUUUAAUAAUCCUAAAGAUAAGACACCUAAGCAAUAUGUCGAAUCUCGGAUUUCCAAGCUUGGUUUUAAUGAUAUGGAAAAUUACAAGCUUAUGGACAAAGGGAAAGCGUUAAAACAUGACUCUCCGAGACCGUCUUUGAUAUCAAGAGCGCCAUCAAUGGUGUUUUCAUCUGUGAUUAUGAACGCUUCUUCUAACAUGACCUCAUCAACGUCAAACGUAGAGGGUAUAAGAGUAAUGAAUUCAGAUACACCCUCAUCAAAUGUUUCGUCCUUCUGUGGACUUGAAAAGGACCAAAAUGUAUCAGGCAAGCCUUUAAAUGGAGAUCUAUGGAGUUCGAUAAAAAUCCCAUCAAAAUCAACUGCGAAUACAUAUAAAAUUCCAGAGCAUGCAACAAAACCUGUUCAUUCUGGAACUGCUUCUUGGACUGCUAGUGGUACGGAGAAAUCGGCUGUAAUUUCCGGCAACCCUUUAAAUGGAAAUUUAUGGAGUCCAAUAAAAUUUCCAUCAAAAUCAAAUGCAAGCACGUAUAUAAUUCCAGAACUUGCAACAAAAGCUGGUUAUUCUGGAACUACCUCUUGGACUGCUAAUGCUGCAGAGAAAUCAUCUGUAAUUUCUGGCGAUCCGUUAAAUGGAAAUUUAUGGAGUCCAAUAAAAGUUCCAUCAACAUCAACCGCAAGCACAUAUAAAAUUCCAGAACUUGCGACAAAACCUGUUCAUUCUGGAACUACUUCUUGGACUGUUAAUGCUGCAGAGAAAUCAGCUGUAGUUUCUGUAACACAAGAAACAUCAUUUCAAAUAGGAAAAAACGGAGUGCUGAACAACCCUUAUCAAACAGGUCCUCCACUGCCAAGCUGUCUGGUACCAAGAAACCAUAUGGUUGAAAAGUCAAAUCUCGACGGAAAACGUUUUCUCAGUGCUUUUGGAGAACCAUCAAAAAUCAGAGCCCCUACAAUAUCUACUUCUAAUGUGCAAAAGGAUUGCACUUUGCGUGAUGGAUCUAUUUCCGUAGGUAAAAUUGGAGAAACAAUAAAACCAAAUUCAAAAAAAGUGGAAUUCAACGCUUUCCAAUGGAAAGAUGUUCCUAACAAAAUGGCAGGAAAGUGUUUAGAGGAUAGAGUUGAUGUCAUUGACCAAACUUCUGAUGUCAUUGUCAAAAGCAUUGACCAACCUGUUCAGAGUGUUGACUGCAUGAAGGAGCAGGUUAUGUCUAAUAUCUCAUCUAAAUGCUCAGCCCCUGCUUUGACUCAAGCGUCAGUCAAAAUCAGCAAUGGAGAUUCAUGUACCGAUGAUGCACAAACCACUGAUUGUGCCAAAAAUUGGUCCUCUGAUGAUUGUAGCAACACUGGAUAUGGUGGGUUUUCGCGUAAAAGCGAUUCCAGAAAUGGAACGCAGUUAAAAUCAGUUCCUGAUCGGUCAACUCGUAGUCUUGUUGACGAGCUUAGGGUUAUAGACUCUUUAAGAUUAAAGAAAGUACCGAAUCAAGCCCCAAUGCAUGAAAACCGUACUCCAAUGAAUACACUUCAGAAAGAAUUCGAAUCUAGAAAAAGAAAACGAGAAACAAAAUUCAAAAUUCUCGGAAAACCGUUCCCCGCUUCCCCUAUUUCUUCGAUAUCUACUGAAUAUAGAAAGGGAUUUUUAUGUAAGACUCAAAAACGAGGCUAUGAUGAUUUUGUCGAAAGUCCCGAAUCAUCAUCGCGUGGAAAGAAGGUACGGAUCGAUUUGGAGUUUUCGAAAACAAAGAGUGUUUGGAAACAAGAAUUGCCUUGUAAAAGAUUCACUAGACCGAUAGUAUGCGGGAGGUAUGGUAUUAUCUCAAAUGGUGAUACAUCUAAACCCGCAAAGAUUCUGUCUCUUAAAAGGGUUAUUAAAAAUUCCAAAAGAUGUUCCCCUGUUAAAGAUGAAUUUGUGAAGAAACCACUGAUUAAAACGUUAAGCAAAUCUGUAAUCAGAGAAGGAAGACAGACAGAUAGAUUUUCUAGCUUUAAAGAGGAUAACUGCCACACAGUAUGCAGUGAUAGUGAUGCAACUGAAACCUCAGAUAGCGAUUUUGGCACCAAAAAAAGGCGAAAAAGUAAGAAGAUUCGCAAACGUAGCCUAUAUGAAUUAAUUGUAGAAGAAAAAGAUUCCGGUUUUGUUACACCUCCAAAGAACAUAACUUCAAUACCUCAAGAUAACUUGAAGAAUGAUGGAAAAAGUCAUAAUCUCCAUGGGGUAGAAGAUAUAUCAAGAUCCCCUAAGGAGUUAACAUGCAAAUCAACUCCAGAUGUGGAUAAAUUCUGCAAUGUUUGUGGAACCUUAAAUAACGAUGAAUUGAAUUGCUUGUUGGAGUGCAACAAAUGUUUGAUUAAAGUGCAUCAGGCUUGUUAUGGAAUUUCAAAAGUUCCCAAGAAUGAUUGGUAUUGUAGACCGUGCAGAGAAAAUGCCACUAAUAUGGCAUGCGUUCUAUGUGGUUAUGAAGGUGGGGUCAUGACUCGGGCUGUUAACAGUAAUAACAUUGUGAGAAGCCUUUUGAAUGCAUGGAAUGUCGUUACGGAAUUACAAGAAACUCAAUUUAAUAUGGAUGCACCCCAAAAUAUUAUUUGUGAACAUACAAGGACAUAUUCAGUAGCUGAUCCGUUGGUCAAGAAUUUAUCCUAUCCUGUUAAUGACAAAGUGGUAAACAAUAGUGUUACGGCAGGAAUUUUUGACCCCACUGUGAAGCAGUGGAUUCAUAUGGUUUGUGGACUUUGGACACCUGGCACACGAUGCCCGAAUGUGGACACCAUGAGUGCUUUUGAUGUGUCUGGUGCUUGCUGUCCCAAAGGAAAUGUGGUUUGUUCAAUGUGUAAACGUCCUGGUGGAUGUUGUAUAAGGUGCAGAGUUAUGGACUGUGCAAUUCACUUCCAUCCCUGGUGUGCCCAUCAAAAGGGUUUACUCCAAAGUGAGGUUGAAGGAGCCGACAAUGAUAAGGUUGGUUUCUAUGGAAGAUGUGAGCUUCAUGCUACAGACGAUCAUCGUUGUAACCAUAAGAUUAACUCUCAGACCAUACAAAUUGCAUGUCUUCAUGAUAAAGAAACAUGUGCUCGAACCGAGGGUUAUAAGGGACGGAAGCGAGAAGGGUUUAGGCAUGAUAACCAACAAAACCCACGUGGUGAUGAUGGAUGCAUGGUUCAGCAAGAGCAAGUAGAUGCUUGGAAUUAUAUAAAUCGACAACUUUUAUUUAAGAAACGCCUUCAUAGAACACUACAACCCGUUCAAGAUGUAGAAUCUGAUUUCCGGAAAGAAUAUGCGCGCUAUAAACAGUCAAAAGCUUGGAAACAUUUGGUUGUAUACAAAUCAGGAAUCCAUGCGCUUGGUCUGUAUACAUCAUUGUUCAUUUCACAGAGUGCAAUGGUUGUUGAGUAUGUUGGUGAAAUAGUGGGGCAGCGUGUUGCUGACAGAAGAGAAAUUGAAUAUCAAUCUGGAAAGCAAUUGCAAUAUAAAAGUGCUUGUUACUUUUUCAAAAUUGAUAAAGAAAAUAUAAUUGAUGCAACCCGUAAAGGCGGAAUUGCUCGCUUUGUAAACCAUUCAUGCCAGCCGAAUUGUGUUGCUAAAGUGAUGACAGUGCGGGGUGAAAAGAAGGUUGUGUUCUUCGCUGAAAGGGACAUAUAUCCAGGAGAAGAGAUAACAUAUGAUUACCAUUUCAACAAUGAAGAUGAAGGUAAAAAGAUAUUAUGCUCUUGCAAUUCUAAUAAUUGCAGGCGUUAUCUUAACUGAACAUUCUUCUUUUGUUGCUGCAUUUGUUGUUAUUAGCAACUUUGAGGAUACUUGUCUUGAAGAGAAACCGAAAUCUCUUCUUUUGUGUAUGUAUGUAUAAUCCAUUCCUGCAUUGUUGUCUCCCUUUUUAUGUUGCUAUUCAAAUGUGGAAGUUUUCGGGUUAUGGAAGGUACAAAGGACUAGUUUGUCGCC